UGGACGCGACCGCUGUGGAGGGCGCUCAUUAUGUAGGACCUUCUUACAACUUCCGGUAAAAUUGAGGUUCCUUCCUUUUUGGAUUUGGUUAUCUCAACUCAAGGAGAUUCUGCCUUGACUACUUUAAUUCAGAAUGCAGAACGACGCUGGCGAGUUUGUGGACUUGUAUGUCCCCCGCAAAUGUUCCGCUAGCAAUAGAAUAAUUGGAGCCAAAGACCACGCCUCUAUUCAGCUCAACAUUGCUGAGGUUGACAAGACCACAGGGAGAUUCAGUGGACAGUUUAAAACCUAUGCCAUCUGUGGUGCCAUCAGAAGAAUGGGUGAGUCUGAUGAUGCAAUUCUAAGGCUGGCGAAGAAUGAUAGUAUCGUAGCCAAGACGUUCUGAUGAAGAUCUUCGGGAUGAGAACUUGGUUAAUUUAAAUAAACAGUUAAAAAGAAAA